AUGGCCGACGAGAUCAUCAAGACCGACCUCCUCAUUGUUGGAGCAGGCCCUGCGGGUGCUGCUCUGGCGUGCUUCCUCUCAUCCUAUGGGCGCAAAGGAAUCAUCAUUUCGGCCGCUUCUGGCACGGCGCAUACGCCCAGAGCUCAUAUCACCAACAUGGCUGCCCUGGAAUGUCUGAGAGACAUUGGACUGGACCGGCAAUGCAUCGAUGCAGGCGCUGCGGGGAACCAUAUGGUGCACACAAGAUGGUGCCAUUCCAUGGCCGGCGAUGAAUACGCCAGGCUCUAUUCUUGGGGCAACGAUCCGAAACGCAAGGGUGACUAUGAUGCGGCAAGCCCUUGUGACCACGUCGACCUUCCUCAGACCGAACUCGAACCAAUUCUCACGCGAAGAGCAAUCCAUACUGGCUGGACCUUGCGAUUUGACACCUCCUUUGUGUCGUUCACGCGUCCUGAGCCAGACGUUAUCAUCAGCGAAGUCAAAGACAACCUUUCUGGGAAAACGUACAAGAUCCAGUCACGCUUUCUGUUUGGCUGCGACGGCGCCCGCAGCCAAGUCAUCCGCGAGCUCAAGAUUCCCCUCAUCAAGAAACCUGGGCAAGGAUUGGCACUCAACGUGCUCCUCAAGGCCGAUCUUUCACAUCUCGUCAAGAACCGAACCGGAAAUCUACACUGGGUCUUCCAGCCGGAGAAGGAACAUCCAGCUUGGGGUUGGGCCUGCAUUGUCCGAAUGGUUCGGCCGUGGGACGAAUGGAUGUUUAUCUUUCUCCCACCCCCCGGUGCCGAUGUCAAGGGUGACGACAUGAUUGCUUCGAACGAAGAGUACAUUGCCCGGGUCAAACAGUUCAUCGGGGACGAGUCGGUUGAUGUCGAGAUCAAGGACGUGAGCAAAUGGAUGAUCAAUGAGACGGUUGCGGAGUAUUAUUCAGAUGGAAACAUCUUUUGCUUGGGCGAUGCUGUCCACCGCCAUCCACCAUUCAACGGUCUGGGGUCCAACACUUGCAUCCAGGAUGCUUUCAACCUGGCAUGGAAGCUUGAUUACGUCAUGUCUCGCCGCGCAGGUCCCAGCCUCCUCGAUACCUACAGCACCGAGCGUCAACCGGUUGGUGUAGAUAUCAUCACCCGGGCCAACCAAGGUCUCCGCGACCAUGCAUUGUGGAUGAAGUCUAUCGGCAUGUUGGAACCCGAUUUGGAGAAGAGGAAAGCUAUUCUGGCCGAGUUUGAGGACAAGGGCGAAGUUGGCAGGAAGAGGCGACAAGAGUUCCAAGCGGGCAUUGAGAACACGGGCACCGAAUUCCAUGGGUUGGGCAUCGAGAUGAACCAACAGUAUCGGUCGAAUGCCGUGUAUCAUGGGGAUGAGCCAGAAGCUCCGGCUCUGCCUGAGGACGCUGUGCGUGAACGUCUCAUCUCCAGCUACCCAGGCAUGAGGUUACCCCACGCCUGGUUGAACACACGGAAGCCAGGCAAGCAGUUCUCGACUAUUGAUCUUGCUGGCCAUGGGCGGUUCUGUCUUCUCACCGGGCCUGGUGGCCACAAGUGGAAGGAGGCUGCGGCCAACGCCGCCAAGGCCGUGGGGGUGGACAUUGUGAGUUACUCGAUUGGCUGGAAGGAGGACUAUGAGGAUGUCUAUUUUGACUGGGCGAAGCGCAGGGAGGUGGAGGAGGACGGGUGUGUGUUGGUUCGCCCAGAUAGGUUCGUUGCUUGGCGGUCAAAGUCCAUGAUUUCGAACCCGCAGGAAAAGCUGGAAAAGGUCUUGCGGAAAGUCUUGUGUCUUUAA